CGUAUGCCAGAAAAAAAAAAAAAACAAAAAAAAACAAAAAAAACAAAAACGGCGUCGUAGAGCUUAUUCUAGGAAAGAUCCAGUUUGCUUUUAGCUAAUCAGGAUCGAAGAUGUCUGUACGGGUUCUGAACCCUAAUGCCGAAGUGCUUAACAAAUCGGCUGCACUUCACAUGAAUAUCAAUGCCGCCAAGGGCUUACAAGACGUUCUCAAAAGCAACCUUGGCCCUAAAGGCACCAUUAAGAUGCUUAUUGGAGGAGCUGGAGAUAUUAAAUUAACCAAAGAUGGCAACACAUUACUGAAAGAAAUGCAAAUUCAAAAUCCUACUGCCAUUAUGAUCGCAAGGACAGCUGUGGCGCAGGAUGAUACUAGUGGUGACGGAACAACUUCUACGGUCAUUUUUAUUGGCGAGCUCAUGAAACAGGCUGAGCGUUGUAUUGAUGAAGGGAUGCAUCCACGGGUUGUGGUUGACGGUUUCGACAUUGCCAAGAAGGCUAUACUGGAAUUUCUCGAAAAGUUUAAGACUCCUGUCGUGAUGGGUGAUGGUCCCGAUAGAGAGGUGCUAAAGAUGGUCGCAAGAACGACACUAAGAACUAAGUUGUAUGACGCUUUAGCAGAUCAAUUGACCGACAUAGUCGUGAAUGCGGUGCUUUGUGUCCGCAAGCCUGAAGAAGCUAUUGAUCUUUUCAUGGUUGAGAUCAUGCACAUGCGCCACAAGUUUGAUGUAGACACUCGUUUGGUUGAGGGUCUUGUUCUUGAUCACGGGUCCCGACACCCCGACAUGAAGAGGCGUGCAGAGAACUGCCACAUUUUGACCUGUAACGUAUCUUUGGAGUAUGAAAAAAGUGAAAUAAAUGCUGGAUUUUUCUACUCAAAUGCUGAGCAGAGAGAAGCAAUGGUUGCUGCAGAGAGACGUUCUGUUGAUGAGAGAGUGAAAAAAAUCAUUGCCCUGAAAGAAAAGGUGUGUAAGGGUACUGAAGACAACUUUGUGGUUAUCAAUCAGAAAGGGAUCGAUCCUCCAUCGUUGGAUCUUCUUGCUAGGGCAGGGAUAGUUGCUCUUCGAAGAGCCAAAAGGAGAAAUAUGGAACGAUUGAUUUUGGCAUGUGGUGGGGAAGCGGUGAACUCGGUGGACGACCUAACACCCGAUUGUCUUGGAUGGGCGGGGCUGGUGUACGAGCACGUUCUCGGUGAAGAAAAGUAUACGUUUGUUGAAAACGUAAAGCAUCCAAACUCGUGUACGAUUUUAAUUAAAGGACCAAAUGACCACACGAUUGCGCAAAUCAAGGAUGCUAUUAGAGAUGGCUUGCGAGCAGUAAAAAAUACCAUUGAAGACGAGGCCGUUGUUAGAGGUGCAGGUGCUUUUGAGGUUGCAGCUAGACAACAUUUGGUUAAUAAUGUGAAAAAAACUGUUAAAGGCCGUGCUCAAGUUGGUGUUCAAGCUUUUGCGGAUGCGCUCCUUAUUGUGCCAAAGACACUGGCUGAAAAUUCUGGACUCGACACUCAAGACGUUAUAAUUUCUUUGACUAAUGAGCAUGACAACGGGAACGUUGUUGGACUAAAUCAACACACGGGGGAUGCUAUCGACCCGGAGAUGGAGGGAAUCUUUGAUAAUUACGCAGUCAAGCGCCAGAUCAUCAACUCAGGGCCUGUAAUCGCAUCACAGCUGCUACUUGUGGAUGAAGUGAUUCGUGCUGGCCGGAACAUGAGAAAGCCUAGUUAGGUGGUUGGUUAUUUGAUUUAGUCUAUGAUUGUUGCAGGUGGGUGGGUAUCAAGGUUUGUUCUUUGGUGUUUGAAUGGAUCCCAACAGGUUUUGUUUUUGAAUUUUGACCAACCUAGGCUGUGUCUUUUGGCUCAACUGUAGAGUCUUGCGUUUGUACUAUUUUUGAGGUGUUACAUUUUAGUUUGCAACUAGGGGCAUACACCCGCGCUUCGCGGUGGGGCAACCCGGUUUUUGAUUC